AAUCUGAUGAAAUUCAUCAAAUACUUCUUUCUCAUACCUACUUACCUCCUAGGAAGUACUACGAUCCAAGUACAAUUCCAAGCUACCUAACUUAUUCCUUUCGCAUCCAGUGAAAGAAAUUCUCUUUUUUGGCAAUAGGUCGUCUUUGAUUUCGGUCACCCGAAAUUCUUGCCGCUCAGGCUUUUUUGCCAUCCUCAAAUUCAUUUAUUGCUCGUCGCCGCCGAUCAAUCUGUCGCUUUGAAGGAGACGCGUCGAAGUCCCUUUGCCAUGUCAAUCAGACUUUCCAUCCGGCACCUUCGUCUGUUUUUAUUCCGUAAAACUAAUUGACCAGUACAAACAUCAUCAUCUUAUACAUACACGCGACUCUUAUGCGACUAGCUAUCCCCUACCCGGACCAUCGUCUUGUCUUUAGCUAGUACACAGAACUGCUGCUUAAACGUUAGGAACGGGCUUCCGAAUGCAUCGCGUCGAUUUUGUUCACGAUGUCAGAGCAUCCUUAUAGGUACGGCCCAUAUCAGGCCCAACAAUCUCAUUCGCAACCUCAUUCGCAGCCUCUUCCGCCAUUUGCCCAACAGCCACUUCCUUCCCCAAAUGCUCAACCACCUUACUAUGGGGCUUUCCAACAGCCAGCCGCCGCCGCGAGCAACUACGCAACCGCCCAUAAUUCCUUCCAAUACAACGCGAGCAGUAUACCCGGCCUAGGGAUGGGCAGCUCUUUACCACCUACGCCAUAUCGGACCGAAAAUAUUAAUAUCUGGCAACCUCAGCCACAACCCGCGCUACAUCAGCUUCCCACACAAGCGACAUUUAACUACCCUAUCUCUACGGCUAAGCAGUCUAAUGUCCAGAAAGGCCCCAUGGAGAAACGAGAUUUACCUGUGCCAUCCCAAGCACAAAAGCAUACCCCGGAAGAGGGAGAACUCAGCGAGGGCGAAUUUGAAGAUCUGUACGAGCCUAAGGAUACCACCGAUGUCGCCGCACCAAUCCCCCAACCUUCUCGACCUCCUAGUGCGAUGGGGAAUGAGAAUGGAAGCGUUGGCGACGCAGACGGGUCAUCCAUAUAUGACGGUACAACCCCUCGAGGCGAAGCUGUCAUUACUAGCACAUCCACGUCGUUUCCUAAUGCUGAACGCGAAUAUUCACCAGGCGAAGACUGGGAUCCCUCCUACCAAGAACGCGAGAGGUCUGGUUCGUACUCUCCCUACCUAUCUCCUAGAGAGAUCCAACGUAGGGUAUCAGUGAGCAAACCCGCCUAUUAUGGAAUUAAGCAAGCACAACCCACUCAAAACCCAGUACAAUCUUUGCCAGGGAUAAAUAUGGUAUACCCACAGCAGCCAUCAGUUGACGCACCAUUGUCAAAUGGGACGUCUUCUAACUCGGUACAAGACACCGCAGUCCGACCUUUCCUUUCUGUAGCCGAAGCAAAAAAGAAGGCACAAGAGGCGAUUCUUGGCCUGUGGCCCUUAAAGGUCCGAUAUCAAGAUUACAUUGAGGAAGGAUUUGAUGAGAAACUUAUCAAGGGCCUAUUUACGGAUUUGGGCCUGGAAGCUUCAAUACCAAAACCCGCUGCAGCCCAAAAGACUAAGAGUGAGCAACAGGCUCCAGCUGCAUCCUCUAACGCCGCACCCGAAUCACAGAAUGCCAAGGACAAACCCUUAGCUACAUCAAAGCCAAAGCCAGCUGCAACGGUCGAGGCUACGGUAGAUAGCAAUGACAUCAAGCCAACUAAAAAGACUGCCGCUGAGGAACGGAAAGACAAAAUUGCUCGGAAAUUAGCGGCGAAGGCGCAGAAAACCGCAAGCGCAGUCCAGCCGUCUGCACCAACGCCACCCCCUCAGGCAAACUCGACCAAUGCAGGUGUCGUACCUUCUACGAACGCUUCACCGGCGAAAUCAAAGACACGAGCUGAGACUAACGCACUCCUCCAUCAAAAGCUCGCCAUGUUGAAGAAAGCGCAGGAGAAAGCCUUGGCCGAAAAGCUGGCUGCUGAAAAUGCAGCUAAACCCACGACACCUUCAUCUGUUCCCGCGAGUAAUCCGACUACGAUUUCCGUAUCAAAGAAUACAGAAUCGUCCACAAAUACGAAAGCCGGCGCGAUAACCACCUCAGAAAUAAAUCGGCGCUCUGCAUCUACGGAGACGAGCUUACCGAGGGAAGGAGGUAUCCCCGGUCUGUUUCUGGCCACUCAACCAGCACAUGCGAUCAACCGCAACCUGAAGCGACCAGUAGCAGCGGACUUUGAUAAUUAUUCUACUCCUCCUCAUACACUCAAACGGACCCGCACUCAGCAAACUUUGAUCAUUGACGUUAGUGACGAUGAAGAUGUUGAGAUGGAUAUUGCAUCGCCUACUGAUGAGCCCAACUCGUCUGGUGAAAUAAUUCAUCCUCCUCGACAGACUCCCCUGGCCGCCUUUCCGCCGCUGUCUGAUUCUCUAAAUCGAAAGCAGCGUUCAAGUCCCAGCUCCAGCACUGGACCAACACCGCCUGUGCACGGAGCUAAAUUGGAUUUAUUGCAUAAACGAAUCGAAGAGACGAAGCGAUUAAUUGCUGAAGCCGAAGCAAAAAAGGCGGCAAAGAAGACUAAUGCUCCUCAAUCACCUCAAACUCAGCCUUCAGUAAUAGAAUCGACUAGAACUCCUAGAGUUUCCGAGACGCCCCCGGUACAAACAAGAGUUGAGACGGCCGACGUGAAGAGACGCGAUAGGAUCGUGAGCUACGAACUGCCAACCGUGGAAGCUACCCUGAAAGAAAAACAAGAUAGGUUAAAAGAAGCUGUUGCGAAAGCAGCCCAGCUUGAGCUCGAAAUCAAGGCGAGCAUGGAGCAACGACGCAGACUAGCCGAGGAAGCGGAGAGGUUGGCACAUGCUGCCGAGCCUAUACCUAUCGGAGCGAGUACAGAAAACGAGCAUGUCUCUCCUGAAACUGCCACCCCACAACCAAGUCAUGUCGAGUCACAGCCUUCUAGCGAGCAGCAGACAAAUUCUGAGGAAAUGACAGACGUUUCUAUGACCGAAGGAGAUAUAACUCAACCCGACCAGGUUGUCGAUCUAAAUGACGCCAACCUUGGUAUAGAUCCGACUCGGUCUACUUCCACUCAUAAUGAGAUCCUCGUGGCUGCUAUUGAAUCAUCUCGGGACCCCGCUCCGGUCGACAAAGAAACUCAGGCUGAGGUUAGCAUUAAUGGAGUACAACAAAAUGAUUCUAUGACUACAUCUGUUGAGGAGACCAAACCUAUCCCUAGCACAGUUAUCGACGUUUCAGAUGUCCAGGUUGACGCACAAGACCUGUCUAAGCUAGAUGGGUCCGAACAACGCUUCCAGGAGCGCUCUCCAAGCAAUGAUGGAUCCUACCAACCACAAUCUAUACCGAAUUCCCCUACUAGCGAUACCUCAAGACCUCAAAAUGCUACUGAGCAAGCACUCUCGUCCCAAGAAGAAAGUAAUCUACACACUGAUAAGCAACUCAGCUGCGAUGUGCUUGACGAGGCUGGUCCUGCCCAACCCGGCGAGGGAUCGGUUUUGUCCACACCUGAAAAGACAAAUGGAGAAGUACAGAACAACUCUUCUUAUGAGCACCCCUUACUGACUUCUAGCCAGGACGAGCCUGAAAAGUCAGCCCAAUUAGAGGAUCUGCUUUAUCACAGUCCUCUUGGAUAUUUUCGUGCAUAUAGAUUUCACCCCAAGUACUUCGACGAAGUAGCUGGCGGCCUGAAGUCAAUGACUUAUAGUUCCAAGAUAGACCCCAUGCGGCCAUUGUGCCCGCAUGUGCUAGCUGGAGAGCAGUGUCCCAACGGUAAUGCUUGCGAGUUCCAGCACUUUGAGAAUAUGGUACUUCCUGAUGCCGAGAUUAUUACACAACUCGGCUCCGCGGAUAUGUUCACCGGUGAAACAAGAAACAGAUUCAUUGAAGGCCUGAAAAAGGUUCUUAACGAACUGAAGGCCAACAAAGUCAAAGACUUCGAUCGCAUUACGAAGGCCAUUGUUAAGCACAGACAAGAGUUCCUCGAGGACAAGUCCAAAAUCUUGCCGCUCGACGCUGGCAGCAGUUAAGCAACCCCGUAGUUUACUUACGCAGCAAACGCACAAUCUACCAACCCCUGUAGACUUCGUACUUAAUCCUUUAUUCCUAUUUCUUCGACUUUAUUGUGUUACAUUAGCUAGGCAGAUCAUGAUCUUCCAUGACUAUUUCAGCCUACUUAUUUUAUCUCCGUGAGAGACGCCAUGGCAGUAUCUAUCCUUGUGGUAGGGUAGCCAGCAACAUUUUGAGGCUGGGCACAUGUUUUUGGGCUUGACAAUUCCCUCGAUCUUUCUGGUCGGGGGUUGGUACGCUGGAAAUAUGACAUCUACCAGACAGAAGUGUCUGUGGAUUGAUUAGCUUCAAGAGACGGACUUAGGGCCACGCGGUCGGCUUAUGAUCGAAAGAAAAAAAGAUUAAUUAAAGCAGAAGAUCUAAGUCACUGCUCGCGGCAUAGCAAUAGGAGUCGACUGAUUAUUCAAAAAAGAGGGGGCAGGGCACAUGCAUUUACUAUUUAUCCAAAUGCGGUCCAUGUUCCUCACAGAGGACAGCCACGAAAAAAACUGGCGGGGCCAUGUUCGGGAAGUAUUUGCAGUUUAUGCUAGGAAAAUAGCUGAAUAGCUCAGUGAAUGCAUACAAUAUCUCUUGACCCGAGAGCUUCAUCGUCUGAUAAAA